AUGACAGACGAGAUCAAAACCCCUUGGAUAGAAACGCCUCUGGUGAGAUCGACUAAUUUGUCCAGAGCUGCUGGCUGUAAUAUAUUCCUGAAAUUGGAAAAUACGCAACCUUCCGGAUCCUUUAAAUCGAGAGGAAUUGGCUACUACAUAGUGUGCAAAUUGAAAGCUCUUCGCAAAGAACGAAAUGAACCUUCAGCCAAGGCCCACUUCUACAGCUCUUCCGGCGCCAACGCCGGGCUGGCAUGUAUUCACACUGCAAAUUUAUUCGGAUGCAAAACGACCAUCGUAACCCCAAUGUCGACGUCGGCAUUUUUGCGUGCAAAGCAAAGGCAGGCUGGAGCUGUGGAGGUCAUCCGGUACGGAAACACCUGGCCAGAAGCUGAUGACUAUCUAAGAGAGACUGUCAUGAUGAAACCUGGAACUAUCGAUGAAACUCGUAUAUAUGUCCCGCCGUUUGACGCACCAGAGCUUUGGCAAGGCAACUCUACCAUGAUGCACGAAAUUGUCAGGCAGCUGGGCGAGGCGACAAGUCAUUACCCCAUGAACACAGCACCAGAAAGGAAUGGUAGUACGGCUACAGAGCUCACACCUAAAAUUGAUGCUGUUAUAUGCAGUGUUGGUGGUGGUAGUAUGUUCUGCGGGUUAAUGCAGGCGAUCGAGGAAUUGCACCUGAAAGACCGCACCCAGGUGAUUACUGUGGAGGCAGAUGGAGUUGACUCGCUGGCACAAUCUGUAGCAAAGAGGGAACGCAUCACUUUGUCUAGAAUUGGUAGUUUGGCUACCAGUCUAGGGGCGAGGAGAGUUGCGCAGAGAGCAUUCGAGUAUGGCUUGGAGAAGCACGUACGAACAGUUGUUCUGCCCGACGCUGAGGCUAUACAAGCAUGUCGUCGGUUUGCUGACGAGGAGCACUACUUGGUAGAGCUGGCAUGUUCUGUGUGUCCUGCCUUGUGCUACAACGGAAAGUUGCCAGACUUGAUCCCUGGGUUUAAUCAGAACACUACGGUCGUGAUUGUCGUCUGUGGCGGAAGCAACAUAUCAUUUGAGAUGAUGGAACAAUAUAUGGCCAGCCUAAGCUAA